AUCGAUAUAUCGGCUUACAUUUUUUUUUCUGACAUCCGCAGCUUCCUCGUAAUCGUUUUUUUGUAAUUAUUGAGAUAAAGUCGGAAUUUGAAAGCGAAUAGUCUAGUGCAGACGCUGCCCAAGUGCUCCUUAAAAGACAAUCUUGAAUAAUAUCAACAUGGUUGACCUCACAGACGCCGGUUCGCCAUUCCAGCAAUCCAUUCCCGACUUUGCCUUUUAUGUGCCGGCUGUUGUUGUAUUUACUUUGGCAGACGCGAACCGCUAAAGGCGAGAAGCCCAAAAAACACAGGCCGUUAAAAGUAAAACCGAAAGCAAAGAGAUUAGAAAAUGGCUGAGGAUCCGCUGAACCAGCAGGCAUUUGCCGAGGACGUGGCAGCUGCCGCUGCUGCCGGAGGACCCAAUGGCUUUGCCGGAGCCGUCGAGCCGGGACAUCCCGACUUCAAGAUGCCCAGUGCCGAGGAGAUCUGGAAGCUGGUCGAGGGCAUGGAGGGCAUUUCGGACGAUGAGCGGGCCGAGCUGAGGGACAGCAUCUUCAACCCGAAGCCACCGUCGCCGGAGGACUUUAUGCGCCAGUACGGACAGCCGGGCCACAGUUCCCGCGAGUACCUGGUGUUCUUCGUGAUGCUGGCCUUAAUACUGAUUGUCUUUGCUCUGUUCGGCUACAAACUGUACAAAUCGCUGACGGAGAAGGAACUCAAGAAGCAGGAGAAGCUGAAGAGCAAGCAGCAGAAGAAGGCCAAGAAGUUUAACUGAGGAUGAGACGAGGAAAUAUCCUUUAUAGUAGGAGUUGUAACUUCCGGCCCUGAAACCUACCUUCCAUCUUGUUAAUCAAUACAAUACAAUCGCCCUGUAAAAACGACUAAAUUAUGAACCAGUACACGUAAUAAACUCUUUUAAAUGCCA